CAGUCUCAAAAGACAACAGCAACAACCAGACACAAGCCAUCUGCCGUAGUGCUAUCCAUCUGCCUAUCGCCACUCUCCAUUCGUCUCCGCUACGCAUAUGCCUAGGGACGAGGACGGCGGCACGCCCACCGCGCCCUACGCGCUCCUGGCGCAACCAUCGCCCCUUCAGGACGAGAUCGAGGCCGACAGCAUCUUGGGCAGCGACGUGGUGGACGUCCAGGUGGACGAUGUGGGCAGCCAGACCGAAUUAAGUCAGGUCCAGGAGGACACAAAGCGCGACGAGGAGGACACAGACGACCAGGACUACCGGUACGUGUACCUGAAUGCCCCCGAGAAGAACGCGGCGCUGGGCUAUUGCUCCAAUCUGGUCAUCACCAGUCGCUUCACUAUCUACAACUUCUUGCCCAAAUUGCUCUUCUACGAGUUCAGCAAGCUGGCGAAUGCGUAUUUCCUGGUCAUUUCCAUCAUGCAGACCAUCAAGCCCAUUUCCAAUACGGGGGGAUUCCCUGCUUCUUUACCGGCAUUGUCCAUUAUUGUGCUCAUCGACAUGUUCUUCGCGUGUCUGGAGGACUAUAAGCGUCACAAAGCGGACCAUAUCGCCAAUAAUUUGCCCUGUCAGAGAUACCAGAGAGACACGAGAUCGUUCGAACCUGCCAAAUGGCAUACGUUACAGGUCGGAGAUGUCGUUAAAGUGGCUAACCGAGACCCCGUGCCGGCGGAUCUGGUGAUUUUAGGCGCCUGUGAGCCAGAUCCUAACAAUCCGGCGGGUAUCUGUUACGUGGAGACCAAAUCACUUGAUGGAGAGACGAAUCUUAAGCUCCGACAAGGUCUGGAAGGCACCUAUACAGUGCUACUAAACGACGCAGCAGUGGGGAAUCUGAAGGGAACUGUGGUGUGUGAGACUCCUAAUAACUCAAUCCACCGUUUUAGUGGCUCAAUGACACUUGAAGGGGGCAAGAAGGAGGUCAUUACGACCAAUGCUAUCGUGUUACGUGGCUCAACUCUACGUAACACGGAGUAUAUCUAUGGAUUGGUAGUGAACACUGGGCCGGACACCAAGAUCAUGAUGGCUUCAUCUUCUGAGCCUAUGAAGUGGAGCAACAUGGAACGACGGCUUAACAGACAGAUUUUAUACAUCUGUGUGCUUAUGGUGGUGCUGUGCUUGACCGGAGCUAUCUUAUCGACGGUCUGGAAUGCGAAGUAUCUGGAUAAGGACAAGCACAAGGCGGCGUGGUAUCUGUACGACGGCGGCUCGACAGCAAUCAAGUCUCCAGUGGGGAAUUUCUUUAUCAUGGUAUUGUACUAUUUCUUACUGCUGAAUUCCUUCAUCCCAGUGUCGCUGUAUGUGAGUAUGACGUCUGUGAAGUUCAUGCAGUCGUAUUUUAUGAACAACGACUUGGAAAUGUAUCAUGAAGACACAGACACGCCGUGUCAAGUGCGUACAAUGUCUCUGAAUGAGGAACUGGGUCAGAUCGACUACAUUUUCUCGGACAAGACCGGUACGUUGACGUGUAACAUCAUGGAGUUCCGUAAGUGUUCCAUCAAUGGAGUAGCCUAUGGUCACGGCGAGACAGAAGUGGGUAUUGCAGCCAGGAAACGUCAACAGGAAGAAGCUCCUACGACCUCUUCUUUCUACGCUGUGACUCCCGGUGGAGGCUGCGCUGUACCGAUGAGGAAAGACCGCGUGGAUACUGCGCCAGACUCGAACAAUCCGCCAACAGAUCGCGUCGUUACAGCGCCGUUCGUGAACUAUCAGGACGACGCGGUAUUUGACGCAUUAGCACAGAAGAACAGUGCGCAGGCGAAGGCUAUUGGAGCCUUCUUUGAACACUUGGCUGUGUGCCACACAGUCAUGCCGGAGAAGGCUCCGGACAACAGUCUUCGCUUAAGUGCGUCGUCUCCGGAUGAACAAGCGCUGGUCGCUGCGGCUGCCUGCUUCGGCUACAAGUUCGUGGCUCGUGGACCUGGUAAGGCCAUGGUGGAGUAUUUCUCGUGUGUGGAUAACCCGGACGCGAUGGUCUGCAACCAGCCAGUCGCAGACCAUGCUGUUGGAACGUACGAGGUGCUUGAAGUUCUUGAGUUUAACAGCACACGUAAGCGGAUGUCGGUUAUCGUCAAGGAGCCUAAUGGAGCGCUGAAACUCUUCUGUAAGGGAGCAGAUACUGUCAUGUACGAGCGUCUGAGACCAACAAAUGACCCUGCAGUUAAACAGACGCGUAAUUUAACGCUGCAGCACAUGGAACAGUUCGCCUCGGAGGGUCUACGUACUCUAGUGAUCGGUACGACCGACGUUGAUCCCGAAUUCUUCGAGUCGUGGGUGAUUCGAUACCGCACUGCAAUCAACGAUAUGCGUCAGAUUGAUCUGCGUCGUAAUGGCGAAGAUAACGACAUCGAUCGGCUUAUGGAGGAGAUCGAGAAGAACCUGGACAUCUUGGGUGCAACAGCUAUCGAGGACCGCCUUCAAGCCGAGGUACCCGACACAAUCUACAAGUUACGUCAGGCUUCAAUCAAGAUCUGGAUGCUUACAGGUGACAAGGAGGAGACGGCGAUCAACAUCGGCUUUGCGUGUCGUCUCUUGGCUUCAGACAUCGAACGGGUCGUGAUCUCGGCUGAUACCCACCCAGAUUUGGCUUCGAUCGUGGACGAGUUGGAAGCGUACGCUCGGGAAGUGGACAACGAGGACACGUCUGCUUCGACUGCAUGUGGAGCUCUUGCUGCUUCGACGCCGCUGGAGACACGAAGCUCGUCGAUUGUACAUCAACGUAAACGGUUGACGCGUAUUGAAAGUUUGGCCGAAAUGCACCAGCAGGAGCUGGCGCUGGUAAUUGAUGGAGAAACGCUGGAACUUGCACUCGAAGAAUGUCCUGAAUUGCUGCUUAAAGUGGCUGAAAAGUGCGUCGCAGUGAUCGCGUGUCGUGUCUCUCCUGCUCAGAAGGCACAGCUGGUACGCCUGGUACGGGAUAAUAACCCGGAGAUGCGAACGCUAGCUAUUGGCGAUGGCGCCAACGAUGUCUCGAUGAUCCAAGCAGCACACGUGGGUGUGGGUAUCUCGGGCCAAGAAGGUAUGCAGGCGGCCAACUCGUCGGAUUAUGCUAUUGCGCAGUUCCGGUUCUUAUCGCGACUUUUGCUGGUUCAUGGACGCUGGAACUAUGUGCGUAUGGGCAAGCUUAUCCUGUAUAUCUUCUACAAGAACGUUAUCCUGAACUUGACACAGUUUUGGUACAUGAUCUACACGGGCUACUCGGGACAGAAGUUCUUCCUUGAAUGGGGACUUCAGGGCUACAACUUGCUCUUCACCGCGUUACCGAUUGUCCUCGUGAGUACCUUCGAACAAGACGUACCGGCGUGUCUUGCGCACAGUUAUCCGCUGUUAUACCGUAUCGGUCAGGAGAACACGCGGUUUAACACUAAAGUUGUGUGGGCCUGGAUAACGUCGUGUGUCUGGGAGUCGCUUAUCAUCUGCUUCGGUGUCGUAUACGGGAUGCGCUAUCUGGUUACGGGUGGUGACACGCCCACGAUGUGGGUGUAUGGAUGCACGUCAUUUACGAUAGUGUUGAUCGUGGUGACGCUUAAACUGUGUCUGCAUCAGCAGAUGUGGUGGCCUGUUCACAUCGCCAUCUACAUCGGGUCUUUCAUGCUCUGGAUCGGCACAGCAGCCUUCAUUUCUGCCGGCGACUCGGUCAGCUCGUCGUACUGGAACGGCGUGUUCUCGAACACGUUCCGUAUCGACGCGUUCUGGUUAGUCCUGCCGCUUCUCGUGGUCGCAGCCUUGUCGCGCGACUUUAUGUGGAAGGGAUACAUGCGCAUGUUCCGGCCAUCGUACAAGCACUUAGCACAAGAGGUGAAUGCCUUUGGUCUCACCCACAUCGCCGACCAGUUGCUCACGUUCCCGCCAGCCGAGAAGAUUCCAGAGGGCGCACUUGGCGGCGAAGCUGGUCGUGUGGCCGGAUCCGUACUGACGUCCAGUAUGCGCGAUACAAGUGUGACCAAGCCGAUGGCUCCUGCCGUCGUGAUGGCCGCGCGCCCGCUUAUUGGCCGCAUUGGCAGCCGGCGCUCGAUCACAAGAGGCAGCGCGUUCAGCUACGACGCCGAGAGUGUUAUGGUCGAGUCCUUCAUGUCUACCGACAGAUACGCGCGCGACGCCAAGAGAACCAAGUCGAUCUUCGAUCGCCACGCCAGUCGCGGCUCACUGGCGUUCCACCGUCUGCCGUUCGACUCGGAUGGAGACUUGGAUUUCACAGAGAGCACGCGGUUGCCACACACGCGUACAGCACGUGCUGUCACGUCGGUAGAGGAGUCUCCGUCACGGUCAGCAGGCAACGUUUUCCGCGGCGCGCGUCACGGUCAAGGUCGACGACGCUUCUUCUCAGUGUCUGCGCUCUCGCGUGGAAGUGGAGGCAAUAGAGCACGCGAGAACGCCACGAUAAACGCCGGCGCUCAUCCUCGACCGUCCAUCAGCACGUUGGACCGGGUACGGGAGAACUCGACCACGAGCGACUUUGCCUCGCGCAGCUUCCGCAGACCAUCAGUGAACCGCCGGACACGCGGCUUCGAGAAUCGCGCUUUGUCCAGCGAUGAUGUGCAGGAUCUCGUACAUGGAGACAGCGUCAACACGCCUGUGCGACGCUACGCGAGGCGCAGCAUGCUGUCAAGUACGUAGAGAAAUUGGGGGAGUUAACUAGCUAAGCAAGCACGUCUGGUAGUUUUGCAAUUGUCAAGAAUCCAAGGACGUGAUGUAUUCAUUAGAAACGGCAGUAAAGCAGCAAAGUCAAAAACACUUGAGCAAGUGUGCAGGCCAUCACUGAGGCUCGUACUGUCCUUAGCUGCGGCUGCGGCUUCUGCUUCGGCUCCGACUGGGGCUGCGGCGUCUCCGGCCGCGACUGGAGCUUCGACUGCGGCUACUAGAGCUAUGUCCUCGACUGCGGCUCCGGCUGCGACUCACACUGCGACUUCGACUGCGGCCUCGCGAACGGCUAAAGCUGCGGCUGCGACUUCUGCUGAAGCUCCGACUGCGGCUUCUGCUACGACUGGGACUACGACGACGUCGGAAUGGACUUGGAGAGCGUCGACGACCCCGGAACGGACUGCGUCGUCCUCCACGGAAUGGCGACGGCGCACGGCGACGGAAUGCCGGCGAACGGGAGCGUCCACGUCGGUUGCCAAAGCUGCGGCUCCGACUGCGUCCUCUGAACGGUGACGCGGCGCGUCGCCCUCUUCCUCCACGUCGUGCCGGCGAAGGCGACCGGAAGCGACCGCCGCGUCGACUACGGCUUCUUGGAGACAGCGACGAGUGCGUUACCGUGCGAUUAGGCUCAGGCUUGGGGGCAUCCGGCAGCACGCGCAGCUUGUUGCCGUCCAGCCAGCCGUCGUGCAUGUGGUCCUUGGCAUUGUCCGCAUCCUUCUGAGCAGCAAAGGCCACAAAGGCACUGGCUUUGCCUCUAGGAACGGCCAUGUCAACGCGCACGACGACACCGAACUUGCCGAAGAUCUCGCGCAGGUGGUCGGCAUUCACGUUGCGCGUGAGGUUCUCGACGCGCAGCGUCACAGUCUUCGAUUUGGAUGCUUCUUUGCUACGACUGGGGGAUUUCUCAUCAGCAGACGAACGCGCUUCUAAUGGAAUGCAGGACAAUGAGGAUUUUUAGGAGGGAUAUUUAACGCGUAGGGAGGGAGGGAAGGCACGUACUGGACGCGGACCGAGAGGCAGAACGGGAGCGAGAGCGAGAUGCGGAGCUUUUGCGCGCGUUGCAACCAGGAGAGCGCCGAGACGCAGACUGCGUUGGUGAACGUGAGCGCGAGCGGGAACGCGAGUUACGCGGCGACGAAGCCAUGGCCGAUGGACGGUAAUUCCUUUCGGCUCGUGAUUGGGAUUGGAUCGCCUAGUGUGUACACACCAACAAUGACCUGAAAUUGCAACUGAUGUGUUGAAAAAAGCAACCCCCAUCAUAAGUCAACACGUAAGUCAACAGAUGGCUACGCUC